AUGGUCGGUUUGACACUGCUCUUAGCCCGGUGGCGGCAUGGUAACCCCAACAAUUUGAAAAGCAGAGAGCUGGACAAACGCUUUGCUCAAGGCCCGCGUAAGUUCUCCUACUCUGUCCUCCGUGCUGCAACGAAGAACUUCAGCAAUGAUCAAAUGCUUGGAAAAGGAGGCUUCGGACAAGUCUACAGAGGCACCUUGUCUCCAUCAAAGGAGACGGUCGCAGUAAAAAGAAUAUUGCAAGGCUCCAAACAAGUGCAAAAGGAAUAUAUUUCAGAAGUGAGUAUAAUCUCUAAACUGAAGCAUCGGAACCUUGUGCAGCUCCACAGAUGGUGCCAUGAAAAGGGUUGCCUGCUUCUUGUCUACGAAUUUCAGCCAAACGGAAGUCUAGACAAAUAUUUAUUUGGGGAGAAGAAUAGGAGUGAUUUGAAUUGGGACCUAAGAUACAGUAUUGCUUGUGACAUAGCCUCUGCUCUUCUAUAUCUUCAUGAAGAAUGGGAUCAACGUGUUGUGCAAAGAGAUAUAAAGGCCAACAAUGUAAUGUUGGAUGGAAAAUUCACAGGAAAGUUGGGCCAUUUCGGGCUGGCAAGAGUGGUGGAACGUGAGCGUGCAAUCCUGGACACAACAGUGCUGGCAGGCACGUUUGGGUAUCUUGCACCCGAAUGUGUGGUUACCAGAAAAGCAAGCUUAGAAUCAGAUGUCUUCAGUUUUGGGGCUGUGUGUCUAGAAAUUGCCUACGGAAGGAGGGCUGUGGACCGGAGCCUGGAUGAUCAUAAUUGGAAAUUAGUCGAAUGGGUUUGGGACUUGCAUGGAAAGGGCAAGAUUUUGGAAGCCACAGAUGCAAAGCUGGAUGGAAAUUUCAAUGGUGAGGAGAUGGAGAGGGUAUUGUUAGUGGGAUUGCUGUGCUCUCAUCCCUAUCCCAAAGCAAGGCUGAGCAUUAGACAGGUGAUAGAUAUCCUAAAAAUGAAAGAUCCACUCCCUCCUCUUCCUUCGAGUUAUCCAGAAUUAGUGUACACUACCUCUCAUGGUCCUGUCUUUUCUUUAUCAUCCACGUUUGAUGGAAAAUUUUGUACUACAGAGAACGUCUGGAAUAUUGAGAGUGUGUAA